CCUUCCGCACUUGCGGUUUUCAUCCCGCACUCACCCUGCCGUCGACCAGCCAUGAUAUCCCACCUCAUUCCCCAACCGGCGUUGAAGAAGAAAUCCCAGGAUACCCUGAUCAAGAGGAUGGGCCGUGAAGGUACACCGUUUGCCGACAAGUUCGAGCGCGUAACAUACGAUAUGCGCAAACUUGUCCAGGAGCGCCUGCAACCAGGGGAGGUGCUGUGCGAGCAGGCGCCGGUCGCUGUUGCCGAUGUGAUCGAGAAGAUAUGUAAUAAAUAUCCAAUCUUCCGUCAGUAUGAAAACGCAUGGCCAGUCACGGAGUAUCUCGAUCGAUACUGUUACGUUAACCGACACCGUGCCGAUUGGCCUAGAGCAAUGCUACAGUCCUCCAAGUUGAGGAGCCGCCGGUGGCACUCACCGCCAAGUCAUCGACAGGGAAACGGCGCGAUCGUCUGGCCGGCCUAUGAGGAGCAGGAUGAAGACUUGAUUGACCUCUCGCGCGAUUCUGAGGACAUCGAAGAAUUGUACAUUGUGGAAACGAAUGAUUCUGCGCACUUAUCUAACACGACGUCCGCAUCUGCCUUUCGAGCAUCGGGCGUGCAUUCGCCUUUAUCUGUGUCGAUGCACCAACACAUUCAGCCCUAUCAAAAACCUCCACCGCCCGCUACUCAUGGCACACAUCGCACGGUUGGCCCCUCUUCAUCGGACGAUCACAUGCAUCCGCCCGCGGCAAUCCUCACAGGUCGCCCGUAUUUCGUUGGGUGUCCACCCUCCUGCGUACCGAGUACAUCAGCUUCGCAGCCGGAGACGUCGCAGAAUACACAGAACGACGAGGUAGAUCCACUACACGCGUUGCUCUCCAGCCAGAGAAGAUCGCUGUCUCAUCUACGACCUGUACUUCAAGAACUCGGCGUAAUAGAUCAGGAGGCUAUCGAGUGUCUGUAUGACUUGGGCGAUGAACAGCGCGAUGCGUGGUUGGACACCGAGAUGAAGGGGGCCCGAAUUGGCGCCACCGGUGCUGCCGUUACGGCUCUCGACUUAUUGUGCCUUAAAAGAGCUUUCGCCCAGGGCCAGAAGAUGUCGAACGACUCGAAAGGCAAGUCCAAGGGGAAGGAGAAUAUCGCGUAA